UGGGGACGAGAGGCAGCUAAAUCGGUCAGCAGUUAAAAACACUCCGAGUUUAAAAUGGCAGCGAUGAACCGACCAGGUUUCGGUGCUACUUCUUCAACCAUGAACUUCCCUACAAGGAUAUCAGAAAAUGGAUUGUCACCCUCAGAACUAACUGAGGAGGAUAUAGACAAUCUACGAGUUGAACUAAUAAAGAUGGAGGAAGAAAUUCAGACCUUGCGGCAGGUGCUUUUUGCCAAAGAAAGAUAUGCAUCAGACAUCAGGAGGCAGCUAGGCAUGGGUCCUCUCAGUAACAUCAAACAUAACCUGUCCAAAGGCUGGCAGGAAGUCCAGACCUCAUCCCCAUAUCUCACAGCCUCGGCCACUUUGGAUGACAUCAGCCAUUCCAAUGCAUAUUUGAGGACACGGGAGGGUCUCUCUCAUGCAGGCCAGGUGACAUCUUCUGCUCUGUCCAGUAUGGGCAUGGUCAUCACAAGGAGGCUGGCAGUGAUGAGAGCUCUACCUCUCCCGAGCCCACCACGCUCCCUGAGCCACAAUAUCAGUGUACCAACCAUGAGACACUCAAACACCUUCAAGUCAUUCGAGGAAGUGGUUGGCAGCGUGAAGGACAGAGUGACUGGCAAGUCGACAGAUAACGGCACCACCACCGGGUUUGAAAGAAGAUUCUCACGCCACAGCACAUGAAAAAGACCCUUGAAAUAAAUCACAGUGAAUGAGUACUCAGUGUUUUCAUAGCUUGUAAAGUUAUGAAAAAUUCUCUCUCCCUCCAUUGUUCUUUUAAAUGUGUUCAUUGUUAUUUCUGACUGCUGCAUUGGUACAAUUCAACUCAUAGAAUGUGUGCCGUAACUUUUAAAAUUACUGUCAACUUCAGAGUAAAAAUUGUAUUUUAAUAUGUGAAUAUGUUGUUGGAUAAAUGUAAUUAAAGAUAUAUUUAUUUUGACAUAACAGAGCAGUGUACU